AACACAUCCAGACUCACUCACUCACACACACCCACACACCCACACACGCACACACUCACAUUCUAUUCAGAGUGCACCACUCAGCGACCGCUCCACUCAUUCAGCAUUGGCUCUAGAUGCCUCCUGGCUGCUUCCACAGGAAAAGAGGCAGAGGCUGGCUGUGACUUAUGCUCCUCCAGAGGGAAUCAGAGGCGGCACAGCACACGCAGCAUGCCGUAACAGUCUCACACACACACACUCUCACACAUGGCUCACACACAAACAGCAGGAUUUAUAGCUCAGGAGUGCCGCUGAGUUGGAUCCUGUGCCUGUGACUUGACCUGGCCGCUGAGGGAGUUCCUGCUUUUCGUGCUCUGGUUUGAUGUUACUCAACUGUCCGAUCCCCGGGCACUCUCUCCACCACACGCUCAGGAUUUCUGCUGGUUUUCCCAACCUGAGGACAUCACCUCCAGACCUGUAAGGCCACUGACCUCCUCAGCUUUAAGGACGAUUUUUGUUCUGUGAAAGCGUCAGAGAGCCUCUGGCUGUGUGUGCAGCAACAGCUGAGAGACAUUACCCACAGAUGCCCAGACCACCACGGGAACUGAAGCUGACAUGGAGAUAACACACUCCUCCAUUUGAGUCCAUCCACCUGAAUAAUUAAAUCCCAAGACCCCAGGAGUGUAAGCCGUAGAGCCAUGCGUCUGCCCUCCUGCACGGAGGGAGGGAGACUCCUGCCGCUCCUCCUCAGUCUCCUACUGUUGCUGCUUUUCUGCGGGCCCCAGCACUGCCUGUCCAAGUCCUCUCACCACCACCGGGAGCACCACCACCGCAGCCGUCAGCGCCACAGCCACCACGACAUCGUCCUGGCCGUGGUGCUGCCCCAGAACAACACCUCCUACUCAUGGGCCUGGCCCCGGGUGGGCCCGGCGCUGGAGCGAGCCAUCCGCCUCAUCAACCAGGACAACUCCCUCCUGCCUGGCCGCAACCUGAGCAUCGUGUUCGCCAACAGUGAGGACCACCGCGGCAUCUGCUCUGAGUCCGUUGCACCACUCAUGGCUGUCGACCUCAAGUUUGCCUACGACCCCUGGGCCUUCAUCGGGCCCGGGUGCGACUACACCUCAUCGCCUGUCGGGAUGUUUACCAAACACUGGGGGAUCCCCAUGGUGACGGCUGGCGCCCCUGCCGUGGGGUUCAUCCAGGCAGACGUGUACACCAGCAUCACCAACACAGGUCCCACCCACACCAAGCUGGGGGAGUUCGCCCUCCACAUCUGCCGCCAUUUUGGGUGGCACCAGCACGCCAUAAUUAUGUUCAGCGAUAACAAGAUGGGGGACCGCCCCUACUACUUUGCUGCCGAGGGGCUGUACACCAAACUACAGGAGGGGAACAUUACUGCAGAGGAUCUAGUGUUUGAGGAAGAGUCUGUGAACUACACAGACAUCAUCUUCAGGAUAAGGCAAGGGGGCCGAGUGGUGUUUGUCUGUUGUUCACCGGACAUAUUCCGCCAGCUGAUGGUGGUGUUCAGGAAGGCAGGACUGCCUCAGGAGGAGUUUGUCUUCUUCUAUAUCGACGUGUUUGGACACAGCCUCAACUCCCAGUACGCCCGCCCAUGGGCCAGGGAUGACAAGGAUGAUGCCAUUGCUAAAGAGGCUUUUCAGAGUGUGAAGAUCCUCACCUACUCGGAGCCCCAGAACCCAGAAUACAAAGAUUUCGUGAUGAAUUUGAAAACCGAUGCCAAGAGGAUGUUCAAUUUCACCGUGGAGGACUCGCUGAUGAACAUCAUCUCUGGAGGAUUCUACGAUGGUCUGAUGCUCUAUGCCCAUGCUCUUAACGAGUCCAUGGCAGGAGGAGAGGCUAUGCCUGUGGCCGAGAAUGUCACCAAGAGGAUGUGGAACCGCACCUUCUAUGGAGUGACAGGAUUGGUGCAGAUUGAUGAGAAUGGUGACCGUGAGACUGACUUCGCCCUCUGGGACAUGACGGAUACCAACUCCAGUGUCUUCCAGAUUGUGAUGGUCUACAAUGGCACUCAGAAGCAGAUGUUCCCUGUGCCAGGGAUGGUCAUCCAGUGGCCUGGGGGCACCAUCCCGCCUGACGUGCCCGCAUGUGGCUUUAAGAAUGACAAUCCGGUCUGUAUGGCCAGAACUAUCACAGUGCAUCAGAUGGUUGCCAUUGUGGUGUUCUUCGUCAUCAUCAUUAUCCUCACCGUCACUGUGUUCGUUUACAGGAAGCUGAAGCUGGAGAGUGAGCUGGCAGCUCAGCUGUGGAGGGUCACCUGGGAAGACAUUCAGAUGAGCAAUCUGGAGAAGAUAUUGCGCAGCGCCGGCAGCAAACUGACCCUCUCCCUGAGAGGCUCCAACUAUGGCUCUCUGCUGACUGCUGAUGGAAACUUCCAGGUGUUUGCCAAAACUGGCUACUUUAAGGGUAACCUUGUCGCAAUCAAGUACAUCAACAGGAAACGCAUUGAGCUGACAAGAAAUGUGCUCUUUGAACUGAAACACAUGAGAGACGUCCAGAAUGAGCAUCUGACGCGUUUCAUCGGUGCCUGCAUUGAUUCUCCCAACAUUUGCAUCAUCAUUGAAUACUGCCCACGUGGAAGUCUGCAGGACAUUAUGGAGAAUGAAAGCAUCACGCUGGAUUGGAUGUUCAAAUAUUCUCUCAUCAACGAUAUUGUCAAGGGUAUGGCUUUCCUUCAUAACAGUGUGAUUGUCUCCCAUGGCAACCUCAAAUCCUCAAACUGCGUGGUGGAUAACCGCUUCGUGCUGAAAAUCACCGACUACGGCCUCUCCAGCUUCCGAACCGAAUUCGACAUCAAUGAUGCCCAUUCAUACUAUGCCCGGAAGCUGUGGAUGUCUCCAGAGCUGCUGAGGAUGGAGUGCCCUCCGCCUGCAGGCACCCAGAAGGGUGACGUCUACAGCUUCGGCAUUAUCCUGCAGGAAGUGGCCCUGCGUUGUGGAGUCUUCUACGUGGACGGGGACUCAAUAAGCCCGAAAGAGAUCAUUGACCGCGUAGCCCUGGGCGAAUGGCCGCGCCUGCGGCCCACUGUCAACCCCCAGAUACACAGUGAGGAGCUGGGCCAGUUGAUGCAGCGCUGCUGGGCAGAGGAUCCGUGCGAGAGGCCAGAGUUCAACCACAUCAAAGCGCUGCUGCGCAAGCAGAACAGGGAGCACAGCUCCAAUAUCCUGGACAACCUUCUCUCGCGGAUGGAGCAGUAUGCCAACAACUUAGAGGAACUGGUGGAGGAGAGGACGCAGGCCUACCUGGAGGAGAAGCGCAAAGCAGAGGCACUUCUCUACCAGAUCCUUCCUCAUUCAGUCGCCGAACAGUUGAAGAGAGGAGAGACGGUACAGGCUGAGGCCUUUGACUCAGUUACCAUCUAUUUCAGUGAUAUUGUUGGGUUCACUGCCAUCUCUGCAGCCAGCACUCCCAUGCAGGUGGUGACCCUUCUCAAUGAUCUCUAUACUUGCUUUGAUGCCAUCAUUGACAACUUUGAUGUUUACAAGGUGGAGACUAUUGGAGAUGCCUAUAUGGUGGUGUCAGGUCUCCCGGUUCGCAAUGGCAAGCUUCAUGGCCGAGAGAUUGCUCGCAUGUCAUUAGCUCUGUUGGAUGCCGUGCGGACGUUCAAGAUCCGCCACCGGCCGGAUCAGCAGCUUAAACUGCGCAUAGGACUCCACAGCGGCCCUGUGUGUGCUGGUGUGGUGGGACUGAAAAUGCCCCGAUUUUGUCUCUUUGGUGAUACGGUCAACACGUCCUCUCGCAUGGAAUCCACUGGCGAAGCCUUGAAGAUCCAUGUGUCGGAUGCGACACACAACGUGCUGCUAGAGUUCAACUGCUUCCAGCUGGAGCUGAGAGGAGAUGUGGAAAUGAAGGGGAAGGGGAAGAUGAGGACGUACUGGCUGCUAGGAGAGAGCACAAGUGACAGUGACUGAACACUUGCUGCAGCCUCUGAUGGAAGGGGUAGUCGGGGGUGGACCGGGUGGGGGGGGGGGGGGGGGGGGUCUCCUUUUGGCUGAGACACAAAACUGUAGAACUACCAUACGCCUGGAUCGCCACCCAAGCCCCCCUCCCACACACACACACAAAACAUUACGCUUCAUAUUAUUUCUCAUAACAAGUGUUUGGAUUUGGCCUUUGUUGCUGUGUAAUUGUCCCCGCAGUAGGCUAUCUUUCACACAGCUCAUAUGGUUUUGCAGGAAUUAAAUAUCCUGUCCAGUGGUAACAGCUGCUCUUUAUUGUGUGCAGGUUGAUGAGACUUAGCAUUGCCAUCUAGUGGUCCUGUAAUGUAAUUAGGCUGGUGUGACACAUUGGAAAAUAUUUCAGCGAUUCAAAAAACAGCCAACAACUGAGCCUGAUAUGGUAUGAAAUGUUGAAUACACACUGUAUCUGCAUGAGUGUGUGCGCGCAUGUGUGUGUGCGUGUAUGUGACUAUGUUGGUACUCAUACAGCAUGGCCCAGUAGGGCUUUAACACUAAAGUAAAUCUCACUAAAGAAUAACUGCAUAGAAACAGAACACCACUAGCUCACUGAUACUAAAUGUCAUUAUUCACAACUAUGUGAACAUGUGACAGAUAUGUACAAAACAUGUUGCCAAGAUGUGAUUCUUUGUAGUUGUAUCAUUGUAUCUCUUUUAUGUCACACAACCUGGCAAUACUUUGGACAUGCGGGGAUGGUACUCCAGUUUUUGCCAAUGCCAGAACUGUCAUCCAUCAUCUUGGAGCUUACUCAGUUCAAUGUUUUGUUGUCCAGCGGGAGAAAUGGAUGGAGUACUAUGCCACAACACUACAAUACAUCAGCAGGACUGUUGGGAUGACCAGAAAACAAUGAACUCUGGCUUUUGGUUAUCGUUAAUUCAUGAAUUCACAGAUGAAAGGACGCUGCUUCAGCUUAUGUUCAAAAGGCUUAUAGGGACGAAGCUACUCUCCAUCAUCGUGAAAAGCUGAGGUUGCUUCUAGUAAUAGGAUCCUUCAGCAAUAGAAUUGCAGUAAGAAUGUCUAAUAGGAGAUUGUGUAUUUUAUGUUCCAUACGUGUGCCAUAUGGUAGUUUAAAGUCUAUGCUACCUUUGAUGUUGGUUGUCCAUUGUUUAGGUAGUCCAUUGUAUAGCUUACAUAAUAAUGUAGCUUUUCAAGGUCUUUUACUCUGUUUUUCCUGUCAGUGUUUGUUUUUUAAGAAUUAAAGGAUCAAAUGCC